AUGUUCAAGAAAGAGAUCCCCCCGAGCAAUCGCUCAAAGGUCAAGUCCUCCGUGGCGCGCGGCCUGCGCCAGCGGCUCCUGGAAACAUACCCAGGAUUCGAGCCGUAUAUUGAAGAAAUCCUCCCAAAAAAAGCCUCACUGGAAGUCGUGAAACUACCAGAGCGCGCAACCCUCUACACGAUCGACUCGAGGCCUCUCUUCUUCCAGCCCUUCGACGGCCCGCCCAUCCCACAUCUCAAACUCGUGCACCAAUUCCCCUCGGCGAUCCCGACGGUGCAGAUCGACCGUGGCGCCAUCCGCUUCGUGCUCUCGGGCGCUACGCUCAUGGCUCCCGGGCUGACGUCCCCCGGCGGGAGACUGCCUGAUGCAGAGCAUGCCAUUGAAGCGGGGCAAGUUGUUGGAGUUAAGGCUGAAGGGAAGGAAGAGGUGUGUCUGGUUGGUGUGCUGAAGGCUGGCACGGAGGACAUCAAGAGUAAGGGGAAGGGAGUCGUUAUGGAUGAAGGGCAUUAUUUGGGGGAUGGGCUUUGGAAUAUUCAUUUGGAUUGA